GAGGUUGGCACAGAAAGCGCAGUGGACCGCGGCAAGUCAACCAAGUCUUUCUUGAUGUCAUUAUUCGAAGCUGAUGGCCACCACAGUGUUGAAGGGCUCGACACUUUCAAUGCGUGUUACGGUGGGACGAAUGCAUUAUUCAGUACCACUAGCUGGUUUCAGAGCAAAGCAUGCAACGACACCUACGGUGUAGUGGUCUGUUCCGACCCGGCGGUCCACCCAGAUCCUGCUCAUAUCUCUGGUAUUGGGGCUUCAUCAAUAUCCCUGUUGGUAGCGUCGCAAUCAUCAUUGCUACUUCGGCGAGAGCGCACGACCUUCAUCAAGCAUUCUUGGGACUUCUAUCGGCCU